AGGAAGAGGAGUCGGUUCAGCACACGCAACUGUUGCGCUCGACGGACAGACGUGACACUGAUCGGACAGCAACUUCCACAGACUCUUUUGCUGCUAUGGCUGACAGCACACAAACCAGCGAGCAGUCCACAUCGGACGUGGCGAACCGAUUCGCUCGUCAAGGUGCUUUGAGACAGAAAAACGUCCACGAAGUGAAAAACCACAAAUUUAUUGCGAGGUUUUUCAAGCAGCCGACUUUCUGCAGUCAUUGCACGGACUUCAUCUGGGGCUUUGGGAAGCAAGGAUUUCAGUGCCAAGUGUGCUGUUUUGUGGUCCAUAAACGCUGCCAUGAAUUUGUCACGUUCUCUUGCCCUGGAGCUGAUAAAGGGCCAGACACAGACGACCCCAGGAGCAAGCACAAAUUUAAGAUCCACACGUAUGGCAGUCCCACAUUUUGUGACCACUGUGGAUCUCUUAUAUAUGGACUCCUUCACCAAGGGAUGAAAUGUGACACCUGUGAUAUGAAUGUCCAUAAGCAGUGUGUAAUGAAUGUGCCGAACCUCUGUGGGACAGACCACACUGAGAGACGAGGACGUCUUUACCUCAAGAUCGAGGUGAUCGGAGACAAAAUGCACAUCACAGUUGGAGAAGGCAGGAACAUGAUUCCCAUGGACCCAAACGGAUUGUCUGAUCCAUAUGUGAAGCUCAAGUUGAUUCCAGACCCUAAAAAUGAGACUAAACAGAAAACAAAAACCAUCCGUUCCUCCCUGAAUCCAAUCUGGAAUGAGUCCUUUGCAUUUAAGCUGAAGGCAUCAGAUAAGGACCGGCGUCUGGCUGUGGAGGUGUGGGACUGGGACAGAACCACCCGCAACGACUUUAUGGGCUCAAUGUCUUUUGGUGUGUCGGAGCUCAUUAAGUCCCCAGUGUGUGGCUGGUAUAAAAUGUUAAAUGAAGAAGAAGGGGAAUACUACAAUGUGCCCAUUCCAGAUAAAGAUGAUGGGGACACGGAGCUCCGACAGAAGUUUGAGGAUCAGACAUUAGACGACCGUCAGCAGAAAGCCAAACUAGGCCCACCCAAAAAAGCCAUUAAGCCUUCGGACGACAGUGGGUCCAGUUUACCCUCCAGCAGCGUGAACAGAGUCAGGCUCACGGACUUUAAUUUCUUGGCAGUAUUGGGAAAAGGCAGUUUUGGAAAGGUGAUACUGGCUGAGAUGAAGUCCUCGGAUACACUGUAUGCCAUAAAGAUCCUGAAGAAGGAUGUAGUCAUCCAGGAUGAUGAUGUAGAAUGCGCAAUGGUGGAGAAGAGAGUUCUGGCCCAGCAGGACAAACCUCCGUUCCUUACGCAGCUCCACUCCUGCUUUCAGACUGUGGAUCGUCUGUAUUUUGUGAUGGAGUAUGUUAAUGGUGGUGAUCUUAUGUACCACAUCCAACAAGUGGGCAGAUUUAAGGAACCACAGGCAGUGUUUUAUUCUGCAGAGAUUGCUAUUGGACUUUUCUUCCUGCACAAAAAAGGAGUCAUAUACAGGGAUCUGAAAUUAGAUAAUGUCAUGCUGGAUGCAGAGGGUCACAUAAAAAUUGCAGACUUUGGCAUGUGUAAGGAAAACAUUGUAGAAGGCGUGACGACCCGCACAUUCUGUGGAACGCCAGACUACAUCGCUCCGGAGAUAAUAGCGUAUCAGCCAUACGGCCGUUCUGUGGACUGGUGGGCUUAUGGAGUCUUGCUGUACGAGAUGCUGGCGGGACAGCCUCCAUUUGAUGGUGAAGAUGAAGAUGAACUUUUCCAGUCCAUUAUGGAGCACAAUGUCUCCUAUCCUAAAGCCAUGUCCAAAGAGGCGGUCUCCAUCUGUAAAGGGAUGAUGGCAAAACACCCUUCAAAGCGUCUGGGCUGUGGACAAGAAGGAGAGAGGGAUAUUCGAGAACACGCUUUCUUCCGUCGCAUUGACUGGGAACGCCUGGAGAACAGAGAAAUACAGCCUCCGUUCAAACCUAAAGUGUGUGGGAAGGGGGCCGAGAACUUUGAUAAGUUCUUCACACGCACACAGCCACAGCUGACCCCUCCAGAUGAACUGGUCAUCGCCAACAUCGACCAGGCCGAAUUUGAUGGCUUCUCCUAUGUUAACCCUCAGUUCACCAAUCCUGUCAUCAUCAACAGUGAAUAAAGAAGAGAAAAUGGGGCACAAAUCUUCUUCCAGAACCCCUAACCUCUGUUCUUACCGUAACUCUUUUUCUAACAAACUUUAAACCAAAUCCACUGUUAUUUGAAAUGAUGUCCUGUUGUGAAAUAAACACAAGAUUGUGUUUAUUUCACAAUCUUGCAAUUCUUCUUCCAUUUGUUUCAAUGCAGGCCAGUCAAAAGAGUUUACCUUAAUUAGGGAUGCUCGAUACCGCGCUCAUGUACUCGUAAAAAUGCUCCGAUACCAAAAACCGAAACCGUCUGAUGUACGAAUGUAAUUAUGUAAGCACUCACCGCACAGAUGUAAACCCCGUCAUGUCCUAGUGAGAUUAUUAAACAGCAAAAGCUGUGAUUUAAUGCGAUAAUUAUAUAGUUUGCAUGUAAUUGAAAUGAGCGUUGUGAAUGUGUGCAGACGCCGGCUGCUCAUCGCGGUUAAAACUCCUCCAACACCCCGUCAUGAACAUCGUGAACAUCACUCUGUGUGUAGCCGAUCACAGCGAACGGAGAAUUCACUUUGUAGUGUGAGGCACAUACAGACUAUUUAUUUCAGGAAUAGCAGCUUUUGUGGUUUAAUCGUGACUUUGAGUGGCGUAGCGUCAGGCUCUUCCAGAGUGGGAAUCUGCCGUCAAACACUUCAAAAUAAAAGCUCCACAGAAAUACAUCACUACUGUAUAGUUCUGGAAGAUUCACUGUAACACUACGAAUAAUGAUAUUAAAUCAGUUGUAAUUAUACUUAAGCAGUAAAUAACAUCUGUGCAGACAAAUAUAACUCCAAUGUUGCAUUCUGUAUAUAAACACUAAUAUUUUGAAAAUUAGUUGUUAUAUUUUCAUUUGACAAGUUUGAAUUCAUUCAUUUAUUUAAACACUAUUUUGAUGAUAACAUUGAAUUAAACUCUUGAUAUGGAAUAAAUGAGUAUCGGACUCAGUAUCUGGGAGUACCAAAAAUGAAGUAUUGGUACUCGUUCUCAAAGAAUGGUAUCGGGACAUCCCUAAUCUUAAUGAUUGAAAAUAGAGAGAAGGUUUUUUUUAAUAAUGUUUAGGAAAGUCUGUUUACAUCCCAAACUGGCUAAUGUGUGUAGAGAGCAGGGGCGUAGCACCAAAUUUUGGGCCCUGGGUACAAACCAUCUUGCUGGGCCCCCGUACCAAAUAUGUAUGUAUAGAAAACUGACUUCUAAGGGGCCCCCCCUGCCUCGGGCCCUGGGUACUCGGUACCCUUUACCCCCCCAGUCCGACGCCCCUGGUAGAGAGCGUUUAUCCACUGGCUGUAUGAGGUCAUCUUCAUUUCAGCCACUAAUUAACUGCUAAAAUAUAUAUUCUUAAUUAGUAUUUUGUCUCAUUUUCCAGUAAAAAUGUAAGUAAAAUGGCACAAGAUAUUAAGUCUUGUUUUCAGAGAAAUUGGACAAAAUGUAGUAAAGUUCCUGCUUAAAACAACAAAGUCUGCCAAUGGAGUAAAAACAUGAACUUUUGAAUUGAGAUUAUUUGUCUAUUUGUCUCCAUUGGUAUUUCUCCUUCUUGUUUUAAGCAUAAACUGCACUAAGUUCAAUUACAUUUCUUUGAAACAAGAUUUGUUGCAUUAUUGAUCUCUCAACAUAACGUCCCAACAGAUGCAGAGUUGUGCUUCCUGUGAACUUUGUGUAAUCCAAGACAUUCUUCCCAUUUGGGAUGUCUACAGAUAAUUGCCAAAGACAAUAGGGGGACGUCCUUCCCAUGUCCUAUACCAAUAUAUGUGUCAAUGUUUUAUAAUGAAAUCCUCUAAAGGACAUUCAGCGCUCUCUUGUUUCAGUCUCCAGUGUUCAUAUUUCCUUUCAAAUGUUUGAAAUAAAAUACUAUUAGUCUAAUGUUUGCGCAGAUGAUGUGACGCUUCGCACACUAGUUUUAACAACGUGAACAUGUUUGCAAUUCCCAGAGUUUGUGCUAUGAAAAAAACUAAGUGUGCCAAGAAUUCCCAAAAUCCACAAAUUACAGACAAAUCAAUAUUUGAGAUUUUCUUGUUUUUUAACAGCGGUUCCAUGAAGAGAUCGUUUACCCCCUGAGUUAGAUGUUAUUUAUUAGUGCAUAUUAAAUAUUUCAAAGUAAAUAAAAAGCAGUAUAAAAUCAGACUAGUUUCUAAAUCUCUGAAGGAUGAAAGAAGAGCAGAUUUUACACAAGAAAUGACAAAUAAAGUGAUUUCUCUUGUGAUCUUGUAAUGCAUCUGUGUUUAUGUUAAACCAUAAGCACCUGACGCAUCGGAACCGCUUUUGUGUCUUUGUUUGGUUUUAAUAAUGAAAGAUAUAAAAACGGAUUUGAAAUGAAGUGUUUAAACAUGAUGAUCUCAUCAGUGUAUAAGAGUCGUGUUUUUAAUCGUGUUAUCUGAUGUACCGACAGAAUUAACUUCACAUCAUUGUUUACAUCAUUGAUCGUAGAAUGCCAUUGUGUCAUUUUCUUCAUUGAUUACUGUAAUGGACUGCUUUGGUAACAUUUAAUAGGACAGUAAAGGAACAUUGACAUUUAAAGAUGUACAUUUCAUUACAUUAUAAACUUUAUAUCUACAUGUUUGAUUACAAAAUUGGGGGAAAGUUCAGAAUGUGUUCGUGUCAGUCAAAGUGAAACUUAAAGGUGCACUCAGAAACGUUUUAUUGUGUGAUCGUGGACUGACAACGUCAUUUAAAAUCUAAAGUUUUCAGUCUCAGGUGUUUUUGAAGAACUUCAGUGUCCGACAUGAUUACUUUAAUCACUGAGUGGAAGUGUCCAAUAACAGGACGUUACUGAGAUUAAGCCAGUAGUGUUCGGCUGGUCAUGUGAUUCUAACAUGUGUUAGAAGCAUGUCCUCUUCAUGUUGGAUAAAACAGCUUUUAUAAGGUGACUGAGAUGAUAUAUCUUAAUGUGAGCGCUCAUGAACUCCGACAUUUAUCGCAAAAUGACAAUUCACGUCUUUAGGAGUUAUCAUUGAAUCAAAAAUGACUGAGUGCACCUUUAAAAGUUUAGUACAGGUUUAUACAGUACUUAGUCCAUGUAAUGAUUAAUGUUGCUUUUAAAUGUGUCAUCAUCGUUACACAGUCCGCUAGUAUAAUGCUAUUGGUCUGAUUGACAUUAGUGUAAUUCUUAUCAGUGGUAUGUACUGCUGUUAACGUUGUGACAUGGACAUUAUCUAGUACUUAAUCAUUAACAAAUGUUCUUUCAUCAGUAGAUCUUCCACCUGUACUUUAUUCUGUUACCUGAUUGGAUGCCAUGAUUGUACAUUGUGAGCUGAUUGGCUUCUGGAACCCUACUGUGGUCUUAUAUCUCCGCUAGUUCCAGGUUUUAUUGGUCACAUACAAAACCAUAAGCAGUACAACAUGUAGUGAAAUUAUUGGUCCAACUUUUCUCCCCAGUUUACGAUAAAAUUAUAUAUAUAUAUAGAGAGAGAGAGAGAGAGAGAGAGAGAUAAUCAAAUAAAAAAAGACACUAUUAAAAAACACAAUUUACAACAAUAAAAGAGAAAGAAGAAAUAUCCUGUAUGUACAAAGUAUGCAUAUGAAUAUGAUAUAGUGCAUGAUGACAGAUGUAGAGGUGGCAGCAGCAACAGUUUGACUGGCAAUAUGUACAUUGUGCAGUAAUGUCCACCUGCAAACAUAUGGUGUAUAAUAAUGAUAAUGCAGUGUAAUAUUGCUUCAAGUGUGUGGUGUUGAAUAUUGAACUAUGCUUGCAUGUCUUGAUAGGAAAAGGGUCCUCAUGAAAUGAAUUAUGUAAGAAUGCUUUGUUAUUCAUGGAAUAGAAGAUUGAGAUUGUUUCUGCAUGUAGGAUGAACAUGGUAAAAAUAUAAGAAAUUUUUCUCCCCUCUCAUAUUUAGUUGUGCAACCCUGGAUUUUAUUUCAUUUUAAUGUCUUUAAGUUGUAGCUUGUGAUGAUGAAUGUCCUUUUUUUUUCUGACUUUUAAAUCCUUGUCUGAGUUCCAGGAUGAAAUGCAAAUUAAAGUUCAACAGUGCAUGCACCGAUGGGAAAAUCAGUUCAUUUCUAUUUUUUCUAGCACUAAUACAAUUGCCAGUUUAGUGUGAACAUUAUUAUUAUUAUUAUUAUUAUUAUUGUUGUUUUAUUUUCCUCAUAACAGCAAUUAAAUGGAGAUUUGACACCAUGCAUGUACUUCAUAUCAUCUCAAAUCAAUGUUCUAGUCUUUAUAUCAAUGUAUUUAAUAGUUUAAGUGUGUCUUUAUUGCUGUAGAAACCGUUCAAUGCUAAACACAGCUUUGUCAAAUUCUUUGUAUUUUCCCGUGUCUGGUGUACAUCAGUGCCAUGCUGAUCCUGGCAAUAGCAGUGUUGUGCACACAGUGAUGCCAGUAUUCAGUGUAUGUGUGCAGGUGAAGCUCUACUACUGAACGCUGUUACUGUCACCUCAGAUAACAGAAGAGCAUAUUGUGUGUAUCUGCCAAUCAACCAUGUACUGUUCUAAAAAUAAAACAAUUUGUGUAGCCA